CAAAAUUCAUAACUGAUUUAUUAUCCAUAUUUAAGCACAUACCUUUAAAUGCAUGACUUAUUGCUCUAAUUACAGAUACACUUCCAGCUGCCAUGAUCAACAAACUCACCAUCUAACCGUCCGUCCCAUUAUACGAGUAAUGUUGAAAACCGAUCCGGCCGCUUGCAGCACCUCUAAUUGACCGCGAAAGUGUACGGGCAAGGGCAAAGGUAUAGACGGCGACAGAAUGUCUGAGAAGGUGUACUUUGUGGGUGUAGAUGUGGGCACCGGCAGUGCCCGAGCCGCUCUGGUUUCAGCGGAUGGUAAAGUGGAGAAACAGGCGGUGCAGGAGAUUAAGACAUGGACGCCAGAGCCGGAUUAUUACGAACAAUCCAGCGAAAACAUUUGGCAAGCGGUUUGCAAAGUAGUCAAGAAUGUGGUCGGCGGCAUCGACAAGUCGCGAGUGAAGGGCAUUGGAUUUGAUGCAACGUGCUCACUGGUGGUUCUUGGCACCAAUGGUCAGCCCCUGACGGUCAGCAAGACGGGCAAAGCUGAGCAAAACAUCAUUCUGUGGAUGGAUCAUCGUGCCGAACUGGAGACAAAGCAGAUAAAUGCAUCUAAGCAUCCCUUGCUUAAAUAUGUGGGUGGUCAGGUGUCUUUGGAAAUGGAGAUUCCAAAAUUAUUGUGGCUAAAGCGCAAUCUGACAACGACUUUCGAGAGCCUCUGGCGGGCCUUUGAUCUGCCGGAUUUUCUAACCUGGCGUGCAACAGACGUGGACACACGCUCUCUCUGCUCUGUGGUUUGCAAAUGGAACUACGAUGCGGAGGCUCAAAGCUGGAAUGCGGAAUAUUUACGGGCUGCCGACUUGGAGGAGUUGACGCGGAAUCAGUUCGAGGCUAUUGGGAGCGAUGUGCAGCCUCCGGGCCAGCCUGUGGGCAAUGGUUUGUCGGCACGCGCAGCUGAGGAGUUGGGCUUAAAUGUCGGUAUAGUGGUGAGCACAUCCUUAAUUGACGCCCAUGCCGGCGCUCUGGGCAUGUUUGGCUGUCGUGGAGAGACGGGCAACAGUAACGCCGUCGAUGAUGUCCAGGGCAAAAUGGCCCUAAUAGCGGGCACCUCCACCUGCCAUAUGAGCAUCACGCGGGCUGCCUGUUUUGCCAAGGGUGUGUGGGGUCCGUAUCAGGAUGCCAUUAUACCGGGGUACUAUUUAAACGAGGGCGGUCAGAGCAUAGCCGGACAUCUACUCGAUCAUGUGCUAAAAUCGCAUCAGUGUUACGCUGCCCUCAAGAAGGAGAUUGGUGGUGAUAAAUAUAUUUACCAGCGUCUCAACGAAACACUACCCGACAUUGCGGCUGCUCGUGGUCUAAGCGAGGUUUGCCAUCUAACCGAAGAUAUUCAUGUUUGGCCAGAUUUGCACGGCAAUCGUUCACCCAUUGCUGACCCGACAUUACGCGGCAUGAUCACGGGAUUGGACAUGACACGCGGCUUCGAAUCUCUGGCCAUUAGUUAUUUGGCCUUUACACAAGCUCUUGCGUACGGCACUCGGCAUAUAAUUGAAAACUUGUAUGAGCACCAAAGAGCAGCAUUCCAAACAUUGCUCUUUUGUGGUGGUCUGGCCAAAAAUCCGCUCUAUGUGCAAUGCCAUGCUGACAUAUGCAACUUGCCCGCUCUCAUACCCAACGAAGAGGAAAUGGUGCUGGUGGGCGCCGCGGCUUUAGGCGCUGCGGCCUCUAAACAUUAUGAUAGUCUGGAGAGCGCUUCUAAGGCAAUGGGUGGCACGGGACAACUUUUGAAGCCAAAUCCAAACACAAUCGAGUACCACAAUCGCAAGUUUCAGGUCUUUUUAAAGAUGUUGGAAAAUCAACGCGAAUACCGUUGCAUAAUGGGUGCUAAGAAAUACUAAUAAAUACUAGAAAUGUAAACACACGAAAUGAUUUAAUAAAUAUAUACACAGGUACACCAA